AGUAAAACACACAUGCUGACAGAAAACACAGUUCUGUCUCCAACUUUACAUUUGCGCAUUGAGAGGAGACACAGCAUUAUCACAAGAUGUCGACACAACAAGAAGAGGAUGAAAAAAGAUUUGAUCCAGCCGACACUACACUGAAAUUUGUCACAAGGCCAGAUGAUAUAACUCUGGAUGAUGACCCAGACACCCUGAGGGCUGAGAUGUCCUGUGGCCAUGCAGUCAAUCCACAGUCUCUCACUGCCUGGUGCCGCAGUCUACUGGACAAGGGACAAUACGAAUUUACUUGUCCAGCACUGGUCGAUGGCACAAUCCAGAAGUGUGAGAAAGAGUGGCCUUACACAGAGAUUCGCAAGCUUGCUUUGCUAACAGACGAGGAGCAGAAGCUUUUUGAGGAAAAAUUGCCUCGGCUGGCUGCUGCUCGGUACUGUGAAUACAAAUCAUGUCCCGGCUGUCAGACAUUUGUGGAGCGAAGAGACCUGACCAACUUGUCUGUAAGCUGCACAAUUUGCACAGCGGAAAAAGGACACACCUUUGAGUUCUGCUGGCAGUGCUUAAUAACAUGGAAAGGACCUGCUCCUCGCUCUGACAAGUGUGAAAAUGAGGAAUGCAUCAACCCAAACUUGAAGACGCUGGCCUCGUGUAUUACCAUAACUUUAUCUCAAGUGUCAACACCAGAAGGAAGUGCAGUGCAGUGUCCAUCUUUACGUGCCUGUCCCACGUGUGGUUUAAUUAUAGAGCAUGAUACAGCUGACUGCAAAAUGAUCACAUGCACUCAAUGUCAGAAGGAGUUUUGUUUUCUCUGCUUGAAACUCAGGGAUGAAUGUUUGAUGUCCAGUGGUCACUUUAGUCUUUGUACUGUAGCUGAGAAGCAGACUUCCAUCCCAUCAUGGGUGAAGUAAUCUGCGGGUUUACAGUUCAAAUAAACACCCCUUUCAAUAUAACUCUCUGUUCACAAGAUCACUUGAUAAGAUGUGUGGUAAAACUUUUAUGCAGCUUUAUUUUCAAGACAUUUUGGAGGAAAAGACAUUUGCCUCAUAACCGUCAUAUAAGCCUAAUUGCCUAAUAAGUAUUAAUUGUUAUUUGUCUUAUAAUAGAAAUAAAGUUUGGCAUAUCUUUUAUUUGCAUUUGAAAUAUGUAGGCAAUGUAUCUUUGUGCAUUUUCAUAUAGCAGCCAAUAAAGCAUUGCGUAAAUAUUCACAUAAUGCCAAUGGGGAGCUAACAGAUACUUCAGCAUAAUGUUCAUUUUAGCUCGUGAACAGAUACUUCAGCAUAUUGUUAAUUGUUAAACAGAAGAUUUCAAAUCUGGUUGUACUUCUGAAAAUAUGUGUGUAUCUUUUAUUAUUGUUAUAUGAAUCAACAAUCAAUAAACAUUUUUCAUU